AUGUCAAUAUGCAUCAUUCGCUGCAAGGAUCGGAGAAAUGCCACUCAUAGAGAUGGAGUGAAUGUUCCUUGCAAAUGUGUCACAGAACAUGGGAAUUACACAUGUCCUUCACAACAAUCAACCUAUUGGCCUGAUGUCCCUGUUGGCCAAUCAACAGACCCUGAAUCCUCAGGAAGUUACUCAAAGAGAUCAAGAAGAGGACUUUACCCAGGAGGAGAACUAGGCAAUGGACAGAAGUGUGCAGAUGGAGAUUAUCAGGAAAUAGGAGGAAUGCCUUGUGGAAGAGAUAAUGAACACAAACAAUUUAUGAACCCUGAUUGUCACAGUGAAAGAGAAGAUGGCUGGAGUGAGGGAGACUCACGGCACAGUCGAGAAGGACCAGAUCUUAAUACUUCCCAACACUUUAAAUCCCCUUCUUCAAUGACUGACCAGAACCCAAGAAAGAACAUUCAAAAAAAAUCUAAACAACUAACACAUUUCUACCAUGGAGAUACAAACAAUAGUUCAUCCAGGUCUUUACACAAACCCAACAUUGGCCACAUCCCUGAUUGUACAGCAGUUACAGCAGGACUCCACGCCAGAACACAUCUCACCACAGACUCCAGGGAAUUUAACAGCACAGGUAUAUUGGUGAACUCAUCUCCCAGUUGA